AGGAACAUUUUUGAUCAAAUCAAUCUGUUUCAAUUCAGUUGUUUGGUAACUUCUGUUAUAAAGUGGAAUUAAAUUAAAUAAAAUUCUUUGUGGCACUGGGCAAGCAAAAUGCGAGAGCUGCUGGCCCAAAGGACAAGCUGGAAUUCAAGUUAUUUUCGAGCUGUGUUUCAAGACCCCAAAACAGGUUUGCCUGGUAAAUAAAAUUCCUUUUGGUGAGGAAACUUGCUCAAGUUUGGCUUGGUUGCAGAUUGGUUAAUUCCAGUUUGUAUUAGAAUAUAGAGAGGUUACUUUGGUCUAAAAUUAUUUUUAAAUCUUGUCUUUAUUUUCAGGAACUGUACAUUUAUGAUUCAGCAGGAAAGGAAAUGUUUUCUGACAUUGUACAACAGCAUGUAAGUAUCACUUUUUAAACCGCAAAUAAUAUAAUCAGUAUCCAACUUCCCUGCACAUUACACAGGGUGUUUCAAAAGUUCAUUCCAGUUUUUUCUUCACUUAAAUUUCAUUGAUUACUUAAACUACCUUUUGUAAAAUUAAGUAUGUUAUCCCUUAUUCAUUUUACAUUGAAUAGCCAGCUGACAUAUUAAUUGCCAGAAUGGCCUCCUUUAUUUUUUGUGACAUUUUGUAAGUGGCGGGCUAUAGAAUGUGCGAGCUUUGUAAGAGGGUCUUGUUAAGCCUUCGUUGAGUCUUCUUCACAAUUUGGCAAUUUCUGUGACUGAAUGGCCAGAUGACCGUAAAAAAGCCGCCUGAGCUCCAUUAUAAACCAGUGUUCCAGCCAGAGUGCGCCAUUGCGUGAAUCCCGCAAAAGAUCAAGAGAUGGCCCCCACAAAAAGCGUUCAAGGGCCAUUAUGGCCCUUUCCUUCUUCAAUUCCCUGGGCUUAAAAAUGUCUCUGUUACUUCAACUACAAUAAUUUUCCAAUAAAACAGAGUUUUUAAUCUAAAGAACAAUGACUCCAUACCUUUGUACACAACAUGAAAAUCAAUUGAUGAAUCUUCUUGAGUUUACCUGAUUUACCAUGAGUGGUCUGGAGACCACUGAGCCUCGACUUGGCUUUUGUAAUAUUGCAGGAGCUGAUGGGUAUCCAGCAUGGUGUCUCGAAAAAAUACGAACCUGACAAAUGCAUUUUUGAGGUCUACCGAAAGUUUUUUCUCAGGAUUAAGUAACGAAAAAGUAGAUGGAGGCAAAGCAGUUCAGAAGAAGUGAAAGGAAGCAGAUCUUGACGGUGAAGUGGAAAAUGAGAUGAAAAAAAUUACUUACUAUUUUUAUUGCAUACAUUCUGAAUGUACUGUUUGCUUUAUUACCGAAGAUUUCCUCUUUUGUGUCAGCUUCAAAUAAACUGCCAUUUUCAUUUCCUUAACUUUCCAACUGUUUCUUUUCUUUUGUAUAUUAGAAAGAUAUUGGUACAAUCAUUGGCCCUUUUUUGAAAUAUCUGGCCCCAAAAAAAUGGGUUGUAGGGGCCACUUUGGCCCUCAAGCAGAAAUUUCUGGCUGGAACACUGCAAACAGUUUUGGCCUUCAAACUGUGAUAAAUACGAAAAAGCCUACAAAAUGGGCAGGAAAAAUAUGGUGGAAAAAUGCAUGUGCAAAUGCAUAUUUGGCACAAAAAUUCAAAAACAUUUUUAUUUCUACAUAUUUUCGCUUUAAAUAAAUUGCUUUGAAUGGUUAUCUAGAUAAAUUUCUUAACUGAAUCAGUUUAAACUUGGCUAUCGAAGCAUUAAAUGCUGUAUAAAAAACGCAAUUUUUGAUCGGAACAAACAUUUGAAACACCCUGUAUUUGCUGAAAUUAAAUAUAAAGGUCAUGGGAAUAACUUUGUACAUGUAGGUAAAAUGUCAUGAUUGUUGAAGAAAUUCUCCUUUUAAGUUGUUUUAGAAACUUAAAAACAUUCAGAAUAUUAAAGUAUAUUAAUAUCAACUUUAAAUGAUAAUUUUUAUUAAGAAAAUUAUAUGCUUUUGAUAUGAACCUUAACCAGUAGUAAGAGACAAAAACUUAUUAUAAGUGCUGUCAUAAUGGACUGUCGAAGAUGUAGUUCACGUUGUUUGAUAGUGGAUAGGGCUAUCCAGUGGAUAAAUUUUUAUCCAGUGGAAUAUCGCAAUAAUUGCAAAAAAAAACCAAUUAUUGGUUUCCGAAAUACUUAUCCAUUGAAAUAUAGUGAUUUUAUAUUUGGUGGAUAGUGCUAUCGACCCUUUGAACAACUGAAGCCUGGUGAUAUAACUUUCUAUUUUGUUAUCAUGUAUAAAUAAUAAUUAUUUAAAGUAAUUUACAAUGCUGUUAUGGUUUACAGUGGACACGGCCAAACAUGUUCCUUGUAGCUUACGAUGUUACAAAUGAGCAAUCAUUCAAUGCCUGUAACAAGUGGUUUGAGAGGUGCCGAGCAAAGAGGCCAAAUCAAUCAUUACCUGGUAAGAUCGCAAAUAAAAUCAAUUCUGUUUCUCUGUCUACAACUUUUCUCCCUCAUGGAAGUGACAGUAACAGGAAAUAUUCUAGAAAAUUCUGAUAUUUUAUUUAUUGUUUAAAAAAGAACAGCACCAUGUGAAAGUUAGUAAAGGCAAAAGUUAAAGUUAGGAAGGCAUUUCAUCAUAUAAUGGUGAUUAUUUUAUAACAAACGUCUUUUAAUUCUUAUUGAAGGGGCUUUGGUGGCCAUAAAGACAGACCUCAAGCAAAGAAGAGCAAUAUCUACAAAACAAGGGCGUGAUCAAGCCAGCUCUAAAGGACUGGAGUACUUUGAAUGUUCUGCAGUAAGUAUCAAUUUCGCCUUUCUAUUUUAUGCAGGGUUCAUACAGAGUCUUGAAUUCUUGAAAAAGUCUUGAAAUUUGCCCAGCAAUUUUCCAGACCUGGAAAAAGUCUGGAAAAUUGAGAUGAAGAGUAGAAAAAAUGGUAAAAAGUUUUUAAGUUUUUUUUAUUUAAAGCUACAACAAGUGCUUUAUAAGUGAAAUUUGUUUGUUUUGGUCUAAUCGUAUUCAAUCUCGCUCGUAUGCUUGCCGCGCACCACGAAAGAAGCUUUGUUCCCGCCUUGUUUAAGGUCUCUUUUGAACACCUAUUGGAUAACCUUGUUUCUGAAAAGAGAUAUUAUUGUUUUGGAACAAAGUCUGGAAAAAGUCUUGAAUUUUGGAUCCAAAAAUACGAACCCUGUUUUAGUGUUUAUGGGAGCAAGGAAAGCGCCGCAAUCGUCGAACUUUGAAAUGAAAGUGAAAAGAGAGAAAUUUCAAGCGAUCUUCUUAAAGGGAAAACACUAAGAAAACGUGAUCAGUGCUUUUGUAAUUUUUCGACAGCGCACGUAGAACUUGCGAAGAACUUGACUUAGAACUUGGUCAGGAAAACCAAAGACAGGCACUUAUAUUUUAGACAAAGAAGAGUAUAACCAUUCACCAUUAUCUUAAGGUUUUGUUUCACUGCAAUGUGUUUUGGGGGUCUUGUGAUAUUCCAAUACCGAGAAUUGAGUUAACUCUCCUGCCUUCGUUAUGACACAGACUUUUAAGCGUCCAUGACUUGUCUGAAUUGUCUUUAUAUGUCUCAUACUAAGAUGUAACAGUAAUUUUUACUUGGUCACCAAAGCCAUAGAAAGGUUGAACCAUCUGUAGUCUAGCCUGCAACAUUACCCUCUGUUGACCAGCGCUCUACCAAGUGGGCUAACUUCACCUUUUUGCCUUUUUCUGGGGUUUUUGUUUUUAAAUUCCAUUUUUCUCCCCAGAAAGACCAGGAGAAUGUCGAGGCGCCAUUUUACUACUUGGCCAAAGAAUUUCACAACCUUUACCACGAAAAAAUCGAACAGAUGAAGACAAUAACAUAG